UUGGAAAAAGUUCUUUUACAGAACUGCCGUCUCGAGCAGCAACUUGUGGAGACUGACGGCUCGUUGAAUCGUGCACUUCUGAAGCUGUCAGAAAGGGAAAAAGAUCUUGAAGAGGCUACAGGAAGUGGGCAGAGUGAGAUCGCGUCAUUGAAAAGUGAACUCAAUGAGAAGAUUGUGAAAGUUCAACAACUGACUCAGCGGUUACAAGAAGAGACUACAGAUAAGGCAGCGCUCAAAAAGAAGUAUAUGGCCAAUAUUAAGGAGCUAAAGCACGAACUAUCCACUCUGCGAAAACAAGUAGAUUCAAAUAGUACCAGUGCUCCACUAGCCCCACCUCCAUCGGGUGAUUCAGUGCCAAGUACAAGCUCGCGAUCGAGAGCAAGCUCGUUAAACAGCCUUGACAGAGUGACGACGACCUCGCGAGAUGAGGACAGUGCUCAAUCAGCGCAUGUAUCAGCAGAGGCCAAUGCUAUUCAACAAGUUAUGAUAGAUAAGAUUAUUGUAUUACAAAAGAAGCUCGCUCGAAGAAACGAUAAAAUCGAGUUCUUGGAAGAACACGUACGGCACUGCUUAGAGGAAUUGCAAAAGAAAACAAAGAUAAUCCAACAUUAUGCACUGCGUGAAGAAGCCUCUUUAUUACUACCAUCCGAUGGUUCUCUAGACAAGGUCCCGUUAUCGCGCAAAGGUGCUUCCUACUCGUUGAUGGGGUCGAUUUUUACUGCAGGCGGCGAUAAGAGAUCACUGCAGCUUGCCACAGAAGUGAACUCCCGGUUACAAGCUGUACUGGAAGAUGUGAUGAUUAAAAAUAUAACCCUGAAGGGACUCGGUGUGAUUCACUAA